CCUGCUGGACGGCUACAAUGGCGGCUCCCGGGUGGGUGCCAUAGCUGAGAUCCCCCCCCCCGUAUCCGGGACGCCUUCGCCCGGGCCACAGACUCUCUGGCUGCAGCCCCAGAAUCGAUUCAUCAGUGAGUGAAGGAGGCAGCGGCCCCCACAGCUGGACAGGACGGCGACACGGGGUUAUUCAUCACAGCUGUCAGAGUUGAGCUCAUGGCAGGAGAGUUGCAUGAAUGCUGACUUCAUUCAGUCAUCGCUGCUCCACCUGCUCCCCCCAAGGUGCUGCUCUGAGACACAAGGAGACCAGUGGAGCUGUGGCAGGUGGAGAAGACCCGGCCCGCUCUGUCACCUCUGUGCCCCUUCAGGGAGGUCACGCCUGCAGAGACCCCGACACCCCACUUCCUCAGGUCCGUGUUCUGACGGCGUUUGUGUUGGGAAUGAGUGGUGAGAGACUCGUUGACCAGCAGGUGGUGCUCUCGGACACCCCAGAUGUGAAGCUGCUCUGGAAACAUCUGGCUUUGGCGCCCUCUGCUGGAUGAUCCGUUGGGCUGCAUUGCAUGGAAAGUGUUGACAAACGCUUUUCAAUGUUCAGUCCAUGCCAUACUGUACACCACAUUCGAUACAGUGGUGCAGACACGUGACUCGUGGCAAACUAUAAAGCACCUCCUGUGUCCAGCAGGUGGCGUGGCCUCACUCGCUGGCUUCCCUCUGCAGAGGAGGGACUGAGAAACUGGCUGCCAAGCCGCGGGUGGACAGUGUUCUGAUGCAGGUGACGUGGUUCAGGUGUGCGCCUCACACACACACGCGAAACCCGAGAGCCCUGUGAACACGCCAUCAUGGCGGUGCCCCCUGCUGGUGGCCCCUGCACACAGCAGAUGUGUGGGGGAAAGCUGAAGGAAUCCCGAGUGCUCCAGGCAACAGCGCCGCUCACAAUGGGCCGUUUCUUAAUUUGGGAUCAGAAGUGGAAGUGGCACAAAGUGUCCACUGUGUCCGGCAGAUCCACCAGCGGCCCAACAAACCCGUCCUCACUGGGACACAGAGGAGGCUCUGAGCAGCACAACAGGGGGGACGCUCUGCUCAUGUGGACCCAGUUUGAAGUGGACUCUGCUGACACCAGAACCUGCGAGUGACCCAGCCCAGCACUUGCUCUGGAGGAGCGUCCAAUCAGGCUCUGGCUGGGUGGGAAUUCCAGCGCCCACAUAAGCCGCCGUUUGUUUCCUGCUCGGCACUUCACGCGUGGAUCUUCUUCGUCCUCCAGGCAAGUGCUCUGUGACUGAUGCUUCUGGCUGAGAGAUGAGGAGUCAGUGGGUCGGACUGUGGCCCGUGUCGCUGCUGUGGAGUCUCCAGCUGCUGCCUGCACAAACACACCAAGUGGUUUGUCCAGGCACACAGAACGGGCUGAGCUCCACCGGCUCCCAGGAGAACCAGUACAACCUGCUGAAGGAGCGCUACGAGGAGUGCCAGAUCGUCAUGGGGAACCUGGAGAUCACUCAGCUGGAGAACAACUGGGACUUCUCCUUCCUGAAGAGCAUCCGCGAGGUGACAGGCUACGUCCUGAUCGCGAUGAACCACUUCCAGCGGCUUCCUCUGGACCAGCUGAGGGUCAUCCGAGGAAGCACCCUGUACGAGAAGCGCUUUGCUCUCUCCGUCUUCUUCAACUAUCCCAAGGACGGGUCCAGUGGUCUGCGGCAGCUGCAGCUCUCCAACCUGACCGAGAUCCUGCAGGGCGGAGUGCAGAUGAUCAAUAACAGGUACCUGAGCUACGGCCCCUGGGUCUUCUGGCAGGACGUCGUCCGGGACGCCAGCGCCACCAUCGAGAUCAGCCUGAACGGAGAGAGAGGCUCCUGUCACAAGUCCUGUGGAGAGUACUGCUGGGGCCCCAACAAGGGCCAGUGUCAGAGCCUGACCAAGACGGUCUGCGCGCCGCAGUGUAACGGCCGCUGCUUCGGGACCAGCCCCAGAGACUGCUGCCACAUCGAGUGUGCGGCAGGAUGCAGGGGCCCGUUGGACGUGGACUGUUUUGCCUGCCGUCACUUCAACGACUCGGGCGCCUGCAUCCCUCAGUGUCCGCAGACGCUCAUCUACAACAAGCAGAGCUUCCAGAUGGAGACCAACCCCAACGCCAAGUACCAGUACGGCUCCAUCUGUGUGUCCCAGUGUCCCACUCACUUCGUGGUGGACGGCAGCUCCUGCGUCAGCGUGUGUCCUCCAGACAAGAUGGAGGUGGAGCGAGGUGGUCAGCGGCGGUGCGAGGCCUGCGGUGGACUCUGCCCCAAAGUGUGCGAAGGAACCGGAGCGGAGCACCGGCAGACGGUGGACUCCAGCAACAUCGACAGCUUCGUCAACUGCACCAAGAUCCAGGGCAGCCUGCACUUCCUGGUCACGGGGAUCCUGGGAGAUGACUUCAGAAACAUCCCUCCUCUGGACGCCAGGAGGCUGGAAGUCUUCAGGACAGUCAGAGAGAUCUCAGACAUCCUGAACAUCCAGUCGUGGCCCAGGGAGCUGAGCGACCUGUCCGUGUUCUCCAGCCUCACCACCAUCCAGGGACGCUCGUUGGACAAGCGCUUCUCUCUGAUGGUGAUGCACGUCCCGAGCCUCACCUCCCUGGGCUUGCGCUCUCUGAGGGAGAUCAGCGACGGCAGCGUCUACAUCAGCCAGAACCCCCAGCUCUGCUACCUCCACACCGUCGACUGGCAGGUGCUGUUCCGCGGACGCAGGACUCGGCUCAACAACGUCAACUCCAACAGGCGGCUGUCGGAGUGCGUGGCGGACGGCCACGUCUGCGACCCGCUGUGCUCGGAGUCGGGCUGCUGGGGUCCUGGUCCGGAUCAGUGUCUGUCCUGCAGGAACUUCAGUCGCGGAGGGACUUGCGUGGACAGCUGCCACUUCCUCUCCAGGUUUCCCAGGGAGUUUUCGGAGGCUGGAGGAGAGUGCCUUCCCUGUCACGCCGAGUGUCAGCCCCAGGAGGGCGGCAUCAGCUGCCGUGGCCCGGGUGCGCACGAGUGUGUGGCCUGCGCCAACGUCAAGGACGGGCCCAACUGCCUGUCCUCGUGUCCGGCCGGCGUGAGCGACGGCCACAGGGCUUUGAUCUUCAAGUAUGCCGGCAGGGAGGGUCGGUGUCAGCCGUGCCACCCCAACUGCACGCAAGGGUGCUCGGGUCCAGCUGCGGGCCACUGUCUGCAGGGUCUCAGGAUGGCCAUCAGCAGCGGGCAGAUCACCGGCAUCGCUCUCGGCGUGCCAGCCGGCCUCAUCUUCUGCCUGGUGCUGUUCUUCCUGGGCGUCUUGUACCAGCGCGGGCUCGCCAUCCGCCGCAAGAGAGCCAUGAGGAGAUACCUGGAGAGCGGAGAGAGCUUCCAGCCUCUGGGUCCUCGAGAGAAAGGAACCAGGGUCCACGCCCGCAUCCUGAGACCGUCGGAGCUGAAGAAGAUCAAAGCCAUCGGCUCGGGCGUCUUCGGAACCGUUCAUAAGGGUUUCUGGACUCCAGAGCGCGAGAGCAUGAAGAUCCCCGUGGCCAUCAAGACCAUCCAGGACGGUUCAGGCCGGCAGACCUUCACAGAGCUCACUGAGCACAUGCGCUCCAUGGCCAGUCUGGACCACCCCUACAUCGUCAGGCUGCUGGGCAUCUGUCCAGGCUCCAGUCUGCAACUGGUGAGCCCUCUCCACUCUCUGGGCUCGCUGCUGGACCACAUCAGGCUGAACCAGAGCAGCCUGGACCCCCAGCGCCUGCUCAACUGGUGCGUGCAGAUUGCCAAGGGGAUGUUCUACCUGGAGGAACACUGCAUGGUGCACCGGAACCUGGCGGCGCGAAACGUCCUGCUGAAGAACGACUUCCAGGUCCAGAUCUCAGACUACGGAGUGGCUGACCUUCUGUGCCCCGAUGACAAAAAGCAGGUCCACCCCAACACCAAGACGCCACUGAAGUGGAUGGCGCUGGAGAGCAUCAUGUUCCGGAGAUACGGCCACCAGAGUGACGUCUGGAGUUACGGCGUGACGGUGUGGGAGAUGAUGUCGUUUGGAGCGGAGCCUUACGGCUCAGUGCCGCCUCAGGACGUCCCCGGUCUGCUGGAGAAGGGCGAGCGACUCUCGCAGCCGCACAUCUGCACCAUCGACGUCUACAUGGUCAUGGUCAAGUGCUGGAUGAUCGACGAGAACGUCCGGCCCACGUUCAAAGAGCUGGCCAGCGACUUCACCCGCAUGGCCCGGGACCCGCCCCGCUACCUGGUGAUCAAGGUGGAAGGAGAAGGAGUCGCAGGCGCGGAAGCGUCUCACCGCCGACAGUCAGAGCCAGGACUUCUGGACCAGGACGAUGAAGAGGAGCCACCGGAGGACGCCCCCCCCCUCCAGCACUCGCCAUCCUGGGGCCUACCUCGCUCACGGAUCAACUCCUACAAGAGCGGCUCCUCUCAGUCCGGUCCUGUCGGGUACCUGCCCAUGAGCCCCAUGAGCCCUGCAGACAGCCUCCGCCAGCUGUGGUCUCAGCACUCACGCCGGUGCUCGCUCCGGGAAGCACAACACCGUGAAGACGCUUUGAAGUCCGGGGGUCUUCACAGAACCAGGCUCGGGUCUGAGCGGGCCCCGUGCCGAGUGUCUGCCGGCCGCCACAGGAAGUUCUCAACAGCUUCCGGUCCUUGUGCUUACAAGGUGUGGACGACGGGAGAGCAGGAGGAGGGGAACCUGGACGCAUACGUGCUGGCUGGGUCACCUGAUGUCUCCCAGAGAGUCAGUCAAGCAGCAAACUGUGGACGGAGGAAACGCACAAAGAAGCUCCGUGCGCCCGAGUACGAGGCCAUGAGCCGAGACACGCCACAGCCGGUUGUCUCCUCAGGACCGUGGAGCAGCCAGACCUCGCCAUCUCAGGAGGAGCCGCUCCGCCCUGAGUCGGAGGAGGAUGCAGAGGGUGGGCCUGAAGAUUCCAUGUGUCGGCCGUGCCCGGAGGACAAGGCAGGACGGGGCAGGUACGAGUACAUGGACAUCAGACGCUCCGACUCUUCUGAGGGGGAGGAGCCGCUGGAAGAGCCCUACGCCUGUCAAGCAUCUGCUGAGGAGCUAGUGACCGGGCCGGACGCGUCUGCCGCCGCGGCUCAGUACGAGGAGAUGACGGGAGCAGAGCAGGACCAACAGAAGCUGCCACUGGCAGAGGGCGGGGCCUGCAGGUGCGCGGGGAUCGGGGCCUACAUUAAGGUGCGCGCUGGUGUCGGGGAAGCAGGCGUUUCGUUCGACAACCCGGACUACUGGAACAGCAGGUCCAUCGCCCACACAGACGCUGUGAGGACCUGAGGACUGACCUCCUCACCACCUGCCCCAACAUGUCCGUCCCCCACGCCAGCCGCCGAUGAGGUUUGUUGGGACCCCGGCCCUGACAUCAAAUAAAAACCUUUUUUCCCUUCAAACAAGUGAAUGUUUUCGCAAGCGAAACGGACGUCACUGAAUGAUUGGCCGCAUCAUCGCUCAGUGACGUCACAGAGUCCAUGUCGCUGCAGUCUUCCUCCGCUACCGUUUGUGUCAGUCGCUAUAUACGAAGUCAUUGUAUUUACUUUCACUUGGCUGGGCAUUCUUUGUCGUUUCUGUUCCAUAUUCUUUUGUGAAGUCACGGAAUAAAUCAAGCAACAAAAGGACGCGUUAAAGAAGAAAAAAACCGUCGGAAGUGACGUACUUGCUCGCGCGCUGACGACGCUUCCCGCGACAGGACCGAGGACAAUCAAAGAGAACUCUGUGCCAAGAUGAUUCACCUAGCAAGCUUCCGGUUCAGUGUGGGCGAAAUCGGCUGAUGACGCCACAUCGACGACAGAGAAUAAAAAUCAUCAACAAUGUGUGAAGUCU